GUAGUUUUUGAAUUUGUUUAGAUUGCUUUUGUUUAUACUUCAGGUGGGUGCAAAAACACAACACGUGUGUUUAUUUACCAACAUCGAAAACCAAAUUUUCCCUCCAAAAAGUCCAAAAAUGACUUCAAAAAGCCAAUCACCAUUGAAAUUUAAGCUCCUGGCCAAGUGUAGUGUUACCAAGGCUCGUGUGGGAGUCGUAACGCUGCCGCAUAGUGAUGUUUCCACUCCUGUCUUCAUGCCAGUUGGCACAAAAGGAUCAAUGAAGGGUAUCCUCCAGCAGCAGCUUUAUGCUCUUAAUUGCGAAAUUAUGCUCAGCAAUACUUAUCAUUUGGGCUUGAAGCCGGGAAUUGAGACUCUGAAGAAAGCAGGAGGUCUGCAUAAGUUUAUGAAUUGGUCAAAGAGUCUGCUGACAGAUUCAGGAGGUUUCCAGAUGGUUUCUCUGCUGAAAUUGGCAGAGAUUACAGAGAAUGGAGUCAAGUUCCAGACACCAUAUUCCGAAGACAAGGCAGAGUUGACACUCACUCCUGAACAUUCCAUUGAGAUCCAGAACGUCAUCGGAGCGGAUAUCGCCAUGCAGUUGGAUGAUGUGGUCAAGACAACUACCCGGGGCCCCCGUGUAGAGGAAGCCAUGAGACGGACAGUUCGCUGGUUGGAUCGCUGUCUCACUGCACAUUCUCGGGACACGGAACAAAGUAUUUUUCCGAUUGUUCAGGGAGGCCUAGAGCCGGAUCUCCGGAAAGUCUGUACGGAUCUCCUCACACAGCGUCCUUGUCGAGGAUUUGCUGUCGGAGGAUUGUCUGGAGGCGAGAGUAAGGAUGAGUUUUGGCCCAUUGUUCGCCUCUGUGCUGAGCUGCUCCCCGAUGACAAGCCGAGAUAUCUCAUGGGAGUGGGAUUUGCAGCAGAUCUUGUGGUUUGCAUUGCCCUGGGUAUUGACAUGUUCGAUUGCGUCUUUCCAACGAGAACUGCCCGAUUUGGCUGUGCUCUCGUGAGGAGUGGACAGUUGAAUCUCAAACAGAAAGUCUUCGCCAAGGAUCACAGACCCAUCGAUGAGAAAUGCUCCUGUUCCACCUGUCGCUCCUACACUCGUUCCUAUCUGCAUCACAUUGUGACCCUGGAACCAGUUGCCUGCAGUAUCCUUUCAGUUCACAAUGUUGCUUUCCAAUUGAGGCUCAUGAGCGAUAUCCGGGAGGCUAUUUUGCAGGAUAGAUUUCCGGAUUUCAUCAAAAAUUUCAUGGCUGAACACUUUUCUGGUCGAGAAGUUCCUACAUGGAUUGUAGAUGCCCUCAAAUCGGUGAACGUGGAACUUUAAUUUUUGUUUAACCAGUGGACAACAAGUAAAAAAAAGAGUACUUACGACAAAUCCCCAAAUUUUCCGUGGAAGCCUCCAUGGAAUUCCACAGACAAUUCCACAUCACAUCGUUGUCAAUGAAAAGGUAUGUAAUCAAUUGUUUCUAAAAGUAUUUUUUUUUCAACACUGCUCUAGAGAAGAUAGAAUUUGUUCAACAUUUAAGAAUUUUUUUGUGUUUUUUUUCUUAAAUUCCUAAUAGAAAAAAUAACUUCACUGAGACUUUUCUCUCUCAUUUACUAUCAGAGAGAAAUAAAAUUUACAGAUAGAGGUUAUGUUUCUACAUUUUUGUUUUGUUUGUUCUUUUUUUUCUACAUUACACUUGGAAUAUUUAUAAAAUUAAAUAACAAUUGUAUUUAUGUGUUGUGUACUUAAAACUCUUCUAAGAAACUAGACUUGUGGACGGAUAUAUCCAUUUUUUGCACUAUAUUUUUCAACACAAUCCUUACGCCUCUUGAGCCACAUAGCAAAUGACUCUACUUGACUUUUUAGUGUCUCAGGGCGGGGCUCAGAGGAGAAAUUGGCAUGGGUCACCGCCCUGAGGGCAAGAUUCUGAAUUUCGAAGGGACAUUUUGGCGUCCAGAUGAGUAAUUGACGCAAUUUCAAAUUUUGAGGUUAUGUAACCAAACAAACUGAAAUUCCUGUAUAAAUGUGACAGUUGACUUUUGAUCCAAUAGUUGGACAGUUGGAUUUUGAAAAUUUAGAAAAAUUAUAUGGCUAUAUGGACCCGAGUGAGUCCGACAGCCUUAUGCUCUAGACACACUUACGACUUAAUCCGAGAGAUGACUUAGUGGAAAACGAUGGAAAUGAAGUUUAACCAAUAUUUCAAAUAUAAUUAUGCUAAACCGCCUCUAGGCUAAUCCUCAGGUCUGUCAAGGCCCUUACAUAAAA